AUGAAAGAAGAACUGCAAGGAUUAGUCGAUUCCAAAAUAAAAUUAAAUAAUGCAAAGGGAUACAAGAAGAUAGUGUCCCCAAUAUUUAACACAAUAAUGCUCAUAAUCGUAUUCUGUUUAAUAACUUUUAUGCUUACUAUGAUGAUUUAAUAGUAAAAACCCACAUAGCAUGAUCAAACAUCAUUUCUUUAGAAAUAGCUAAUUAAAAAACCCUUGAUUGACACCAAUAUUUAUGAAUAAAUCACUUUGGAUAAUGGACUCACUGUUUUAUUGAUCUAAAAUAACGAUGCAAUUAUUUCAUAAGUGGCGUUAAGUGUAAAAGCAGGAUCCUUCCAAGAACCAGCUAAUUAUGGUGGCUUAGCACAUCUAUUAGAGCACAUGCUAUUUGUCGGAUCUCAUACAUUUCCAGACUCUAAUUAUUUUAAUAAUUUGAUUUACAACAAUGGAGGAACAAACAAUGCCUACACAGACAAUUAUGAAACCAAUUAUUACUUUACAAUCCAAAACAGCGCAUUGCAUUAAGGUUUAGAUGUGUUUAGUCACUUCUUCAUCGACCCUAUUUUGGAUCAGAAGAUGAUAGAGAAGGAAGUGAAUGCAGUAAAUAAUGAGUAUGAAAUAAUCACUGGUACUGAUGAAUGGAAAAUUGAAGCCUUAUUAAAGAUAAUCUCAGAAAAAUCACAUCCAUUUAGCCAGUUUUCAAUAGGAAACUUAAAUACUUUAUUAAAGGAUGAAAGUAAUUUAUCUUUAAUAUACAUUCGAUAGUAUCAGAAAAGUUGAAGGAAUUUUUUAAUUAAGCCUACUCAUCUAAUUUGAUGUCAUUGGUUGUAGAAAGCAGUUUGCCAAUAUCUGAACUUAAAUCGUAUAUAAAGAAUUUUGAAAAAAUCAAAAAUAACAAUUUAGUUGAACCUACAUGCGAAGAUUUUGGAUCUCCAAUCUAAUAUGGCACUUAAUUGAUCUAAUAUCAAUCGAAUUCAGAUGUAAAGAAAGUUUACAUCACUCAUUAAUUGUCUGAUGUUCAAUAAUAAUACAAAACAAAAUCAAUCGAAUUCAUUAAUAAUCUAAUUUAAUCAAGCAAAGGAGUUAAGGAAUACCUAAUAUCAAAAAAUCUCAUUAUAGAUAUGUCAAGUGGUAUCUUAUUCAAUGAUCAUAACGGCUGUUUUAGUGUUCUGGCUUUAGAAUUUUAAGUUGAAAAUUUCAAUGACUAUGAUCAGAUUAUUUAAUCUGUCUUCUCUUAUUAUUACUACCUCAUACAGACUUUAUUCGACGAUUAAGGGGACACUGUAGCUGAUAAUGCUAAAUUAAGAUCCUUAUAUCAUGAUUAUAAGAAAACAGCAUCACUGAAAUUCAAUUUCAAAGAGAACAUCAUUGAGGAUAUUUAAGAAAUUGCUCACAAUUUGAAUAUCUAUGGAGUUCAUGAUGUUUUAUCAAGAAAAUAUUUGUACGAAGAAUACGACCCAGAAUUAAUAUACUUUUAUCUUACAGAUCUAUUGGAUAUUGAUAAUUUGAAUGUCUUUUUAGGGGAUUCCCAAUUAUAUCAUCCUGAUGUCUAAUAUGAUAAAGUCAACAGAAUUAAUUAUGCUUAUUUGGACAUCUCAGACUCAGUCAUAUAGAAAAUAUAGACUUAUGAUGAAGUUGAACAACCAAAAUUUUAAUUGCCUUCCAUUCAUAAAUACUAGCCAAAUGAUUUGAAAAUGAAAUCAUUUUGCAAACCUUAUUCGUAGAGUAAAACUGAUGAAGAUCCUUAUGAGGAUUUACAAAAUAAGAAUAUGCUCAUACAAAGAAAUUCAGAAAUGGUCUUUUCUAAUGUUGAAGUAAUAAUUGUUUUUAAUCUAAUAAGGAAUGUUUACAAUAUGAACACUAAUAUGAAGAAUUAUAUCCUCUUCCUGAAUAUUUGUUUAAAUCAUCAAUUGGAAAAUUGUGGUGGAAGUUAGAUAGAUCUUAUAAAACACCAGCCAUUUUUAUGGGAAUGAAAAUAGAUAAAAUCAACUUCCAAUUCAAUUUAAAAUAACAAGUCCUCUUAAAAGUAUUUCAAUCCUAUACUUCUGCUUUAAUUUCAUAAAAUUUAGAAUCAGCCUUUAAAAAUAAUUACAAUUUCAAGUUUUAAUCAUCACCCAAUCACAUUAUAUUUAAUAUUUAUGGUUGGAAUGAUUAAUUCUUUAAUUUCAUAGAUGAUUCAUUAAUAUUCUUCACAAAACCACAAAUUGAUAAACAGAUUUACUAUCAAACCAUCAAGACUUUGAUUAAUCAAUAUAAACAAGAAAUACAAAGCCCUUUGUAUUCUCAAAUUGAAAAUCACUUUUUCUUAAAUGUAAAAAUCACCAUUUAAACUAUAGACUCUUAUAUUCGGUUCCUAUGAACCAAAUUAAAUCUUAUAAGAACUAAAGAACAUCAAUAUUAAAGAUUACGAGUAAUUCCAUUCCUAAUUAUUUAAAGGAACAAACUUUUAACUCUAUUUAACAGGAAAUGUACUUAGAGAAGAAGCACUCUCUCUUUUCAAAUCUAUUGAGAAAAAGCUAUUUGGUAAGCCAAAACACUUGGAUUACAAUCCCUUCUAUUCAAAAAUUCUAAAGCUCUCUCAUAAUUAUAUUGUUCCGUAUGUAGCAGAAUCUAAUGAAAAUAAUGGAGCUACAUUAAAUUAUUAUAUUUUUGGAAAUAGAAAUAGAAAAUAAUUUGCUAUUAUGAAUAUCUUGAAAGGCACCUUUGACAGUUACGCAUUCAAUUAUUUACGAACAGAAAAACAAUUGGGAUACUUGGUUUCUGCUAAGUUUUAACCAUUGGAGUGUCUUGACGGAGCUGCAAUUCUGGUCUAAGGUAGUGCUCAAACCCCUUAUUAAGUAAACUAAUAUAUCGAAGACUUUCUUUAAUAAUUCUAUAAGGAUGUUGAAAAGAUGACGGAUUUUGACAUCGAGGAAUUAAAAAAAGCAGCUGUAUUAAAUAUAUCUUAGUUUAGAUACAAUAAUUGAGAUAAAAAGAAAAAACAUUAUUCGAAAAAGGAUAGGCUUAUUGGGAUCAUAUAUCAAACAAUGACUUCAUAUUUGAAGAAAAAGAAAUAACCAUCGAUUAAAUAGAUCUUCUAAAAAAAGAAGAUGUACUUAAUUUUCUUAAUUCUGCCUUUAAAAAAUCAUCUAAGUUAAGCAUACAGCUGUAUGGAAAACAUAUGCUUAAAGGUAUGUCAGUUGGAGAAUUCUUGAAAAAACAAUCCCCAAUCAACAGUUUUUCAGCUCUUGAGGAGAAAAUAUCAGAUAAAGAAAAAAUUAGAGUAGGAGCAAUGCUAUACUAAUGUUCCUUUAAAUUAGGUUAGAUAUGA